AUGUCGACCGAGACAUCGACCCCGGCGCAGAAAGUCGCGACCAAUGGAGAGGUCACAAUCCCCAUCAUCACUAUCGACCGUUCCCCGUCGACGCACGAAUCGAUUCCUCCUCCAGGACAGUUGCUGACGGGCAAGCAAGAGCAUUAUCUGAAGCGAGAGCUCAUUGCAAGACAAGUCCAUACCGAGAUCCAAGAGCUGAACAACCCAACCGCCCUCCAGCGCUUCGGCGCACCUUUCCGUUCGGAAUAUGGCGAAGUCUCACCCACCGACUCCGAACUGCCUAUCCUCCGCUUCAUCUUUGUCAAUCAUGUGCGAAACUUUCCAUUCCUCGACAAGGCCAAAGAGAAGGAAUUCUGGCAGGACAAGGUCCAGAUUUUCCUCGAGUCGUUUGCCAGCAAGUACAUUUCGUCGUCCGAGGACCGCCUGGAGGAGACCAAGCGGCGCAAGUUGGCCACCAAAUGUGAAAAAUUGGUCGAGCUGAUGAUGGUGUCUGGAAUACCCACGGCUUCGGGGUACGAAGAAAGAAUCCGGUUCGCCGAGAUGGAAGUGGUGGAGCGAGGCGCCAACGAACAAGGCCUCCUGGUCAACAUACCUGAAGGAAACUUCAUCAACGGCUGGGACGUCAACGUUGCCGGGGUCAGAUUCACCUCGGUCAAGCGCACCGUUCGCUACCACAAGCACGCCGAGUUCUUGAUCCGCGUCAAGCGGCCCGAUCAGCCCGAGUUCUACGUGGGGAGAAGAUAUGGGCAAUUCGCCAGAUUGCACAAAAGAUUGCGCACUGAGAUGCCCGGCAAGGUGCUCCCACCCCUGCCGAGGAAAAACAAGUCGUCGACCUUCUCCACCAUGUCUGCAGGGGACGACGAUGCUUCCUCGGAAUCUUCUGUCUCUACCCUGGCCAGUGUCUCGGAGGAGGCGAGCUCGGGAAAGAAUCUGGCCCCUGGACAUCGACGUGGCAAGUCCAGCCUGUCUCUCAGCGCGGGUCUCGGGAUGGGCUCACCGAGGAGUCGGACGUCCCCACGAUCCAGCGUCUCCAGAGACCGAAGUGUUAGUCCGAACCCCGUUCGACUCCAUCGCGAAGACCAACGGGUCUCCCUCCGAGCUUUCCUCCGGACUCUACUGCAGAAUCCCCAGAUCGCCGAGUCCAAAGCCACGGCCGAAUUCCUGACCAUGCAGCCGGUGACUCUGAACGAGGAGGAGCUUGAGGACAUUGACCGGCGGAAAGGUAUGGAUGCACGGCGCCUGGAGGAACAAAAACGGUUCUAUGAGAUUGCUCGGCAACGAGCUGCCGAGCUUGACAUCUACAUGGAGCAAUUCCGGCGGGACAUCGUUGAGAGCAACGGCCUCACCAAACUGUUUGGGGAAAUUCGCAACAAGGACAAGCUGGAAGAUCUCAGUCCUGAAUACCGGAAAUUUGCAGAGUGGUUGAGGAUCGAGGUGGCCGCCACCAUCUACCAUCUGUUUCUGGCCGAGGACAAUUCGCCGGAAUUGUUUGCCCAAGCGAAGCGCAUCCAUUCUCUACUUCCGUAUACGAUGUUGAAGAACGUCAUCCGGAUCGCGAACCCGGCGGCCGUCAUGUCGGGGGUGUUGGACCUGUUCUUAGCCCAGCCAUUCGGUGCGCGAUCGCUCUUGCAACGCAUCUUUGCCCUGACCCUGGCAGACGGAGUUCGACAGUUCCAGCGAUCGAUCGACGACCUGGUCUCGAAGAUUGCCGAUCCCGUUCUCACCAACAAGAUCAACGCGUUCGUUAGCAGUUCGGAAGAGACCAAGACUCUGGUGCGACAGGAAGCCCAAAGUGAGGAUGUGGACAUUGUGGUAGCCAUCCUCCGCUCGGAGAAGUUCGAGCCUGAAUUGAGCCCGUCGCAGAUCCAGCGCGUGUUCAAUGCGUGGGUUGCCUGGAACAGUGCCGUGGAAAGUCCCGACGAGGAGCUUAAGCAGGGAGCCGAGACGUUUUCUCAUCUCAAGCAGCUCCUCAAGCUGAUGACCCGGCAACGGGACAAAGCCAUGAUGGCUCAAAUGAUCGAAGAACCGACGACGCUGCAACUGUUCCGCGACCUCUUCACCAUCUUCUACGAACCCCUGAUCCGGGUUUACAAAUCCGCCAACGUGUACAGCAGCAUCACCGACUUUGCCCAAUUUGCCGACGACGUCAUCAAGACGGUGGAGUUGGCGCAGCGGCAAGAUGUGUCGGCGGACCCCAACCAGACGGUGCAGAUCUUCAUCGACGUGUGUGCCCGGCAUGAGCACAAUUUGUACAAGUUCAUCCACGAGGUUCAUAUCCACGACAACGGUCUGUUCACGGCCUUGAUGGAGUGGAUCGAAGGCAUCUUGGACUUUCUGCGGCAAGGGCCUAAGGGAGGGAAAUUGGACAUGAAUGCCAUCUUCCAGGGAGCCCUGGACAUGGGGUUGAUCGACAAGCAGGAGGGCAUCCGCGAGAUCAACGCGCUGAUCAAGUGGCAAGAAGCUCGGAAGAAAUGGCACAACGACAAGACCCGGCAGAAGAUGGCGGCCGAAGGGACGAGUCCGGUGGAGGGGUUGCCAGGCAUGGCGUCGUUCAAGAGCAGUGAUUUCGGCCUGCACGAGACGGAUCUCCUAGAACUCCAGAUGUCAGACGACGAGGACGAGCAGGACACGGACGAGGAAGAGGCCGAAGACGACUUGGACCCGAUCCAGGCGGAGCGGCGGAGAAGGAAGAAGGCACAAGACCGACUCCGACGCAGUGCGGGCGAGCCGGUCAAGCCUGAAGUCACGGAGAUUUUGAAGUUGCGAGAAGCCUUUUUGACGAUGCUGAGAGCAGUUCUGAGUGAAUGA